CACUACCAUAAAUCACACAGACGCAGGACAGUGCAGGAAGACGACACAGCUAUAGAUGUAUAUUAGAGUUGAGGUUAGAAGUAGAAGUUACUGUAUUUGAUCACAAGUGUGUUAAGAUGUCAGAGGGAGUCUAUGAAAUCCCAGACGGAUUUGAAGACGAUGAGCCUGAUACCAUGAAGAACACAGACAUUGAUGGCCAAAUAUAUGCCAACGUAAGAGCCUUCAAGCCCAGUCCAAGAGAUGGAGUUGUUGCUUCAGUACCUGUGUCCACAGAGCCUGAUAGCUCAGGGAAGAGAUCCUUCAGAGUUGCUGCAGUGUGUCUGGGGCUGCUGUGUGUUCUACUGGCUGGGAUCAUAGGCCUGUCUGUCUACUAUGGUGGGGUCUCUAAGAGCUUCUUAGCCUAUAAGACCAACUCAUCUGCAGCGAUAGAACAGCUACAGACCAGCAACAACAACCUGACUAAAGAGAGAGACCAGAUACAGACCAGUUACAACACCCUGACUAAAGAGAGAGACCAGAUACAGACCAGUUACAGCACCCUGACUAAAGAGAGAGACCAGCUACAGACCAGUUACAACACCAUGACUAAAGAGAGAGACAAGCUACAGACUGAGAGAAAUUUUCUUAGCGGGAGGCUUACCAAUCUCAGCUGGCAGAAGUUUGAAUCCAGUUGGUACUUCCUGUCUACUGAGUCUAAAACCUGGAAGGAGAGCAGAAAGGACUGUCUGGAGAGAGGAGCAGACCUGGUGAUGAUAAACAGUGAUAAGGAACAGACAUUUCUCUUCAACCUCAAGAAGAGAGUCUGGAUUGGUCUGACUGACUCUGUUAAGGAGGGGACCUGGAAAUGGGUGGACGGCACCCCACUGACCACAAGGUACUGGUAUUCCAAACAGCCUGAUAAUGCAGGCCCUAAUGGGGACGAGGACUGUGCUGAGAUACACAAAGACCAGAGUCCUCUAAAGGCAUGGAAUGACAUGUCAUGUGACAGCAAACUCAACUGGAUUUGUGAGAAAGUGGUUUAACAUCACCAUGACAACAUGCUGUAACACAUACAGUAGCCUUCAGUGCACAGAACUUCCUCCUCUGUCUCUGUCUCUCUCUCUCUCUUUGUCUCAAACUCAGGCACACAAAUGUUGUAUUUAUUUGUAUUAGUAUAUUAAUAAAAGUCCUACUUGUUUCCUG